UGACUACAGAGACACAUUACCAAAGGUCCAUGCAAACAGCCACUAGCUUGCUGACAGUCCUGUGCCAAUGUCAAAGUGGAAAAUGUUUUGAGGAAAGUCUCAGAAUUUAUUUUUGGAGAGGCAUGGAGACGGUGCUUUCCAUCUGAGGUGGGGUGUAGGGGACCGAAUGAGCUUCCCGGCCGGACACUAACGGGAUUUUCAGGCAAGCAGCCGGAAGCUCCUGGGCAGCACUCACACAGGUAAACCAUUAUUUGCAUGCUCUCCAGCCUUCUGUCUGCACAGGCUUCCGCUGACUUGCACUCACCCAGGAGACUGAAAUGCUGACAUCUUUCAAUGGGAGCCAUGGGCUCUCUCAGCACUACCGUCCACCACUCCUGCCUAAACCCGGCAAGGACAAUGCCAAGCUCCAGAAGCUCCUCAAGAAAACCGCCAAGAAAAAGUCUUCCCAUCAGGCCUUGCAGACGCCUGUCCCUUUUCGCUCCAGCCUCUCUCCUGUAAGCGAAGCCAGUGCUGACCUGGAGCACAGUGACCACUCAACUCCUCCAGGAACUCCAGAUCCUCUCUAUGGCAUCAACGUAAACCCCAGAUUUUCAGUGAAACCUGUUCAUCAGCAUUCACCAUCUCCUUACCCAUACAUGCAAAGUGCAAAGUAUGACAAGACAACAGUUCUUUGCCCAAAGCAGCACAUAUCCUUAGAUUAUACCUUUCACCAGCAGGUGGCCCCACUGCACAACUUCACUUUAUUGUUGCAAGCUGAGUCUUCAGCUCACUCAAACUCAGCCCUUCCAACAGCUUCCAGCUUGCAAACUUCAAUCCAAGCAGAAGAAAAUACAUUUGUUCAACCCACUACCACCCCAAUAAUUCAAGUAGCUUCAGUUCCAAAAGUACCCGCUUCUACAAAUAUGGUAAGUCAAAUAGCGUCACCUCCGGUUCAAUCCUUAUCACAAACUCUUCCCCUAAUUCUAACUCAUACACAGCUUGUACCAUUAGCCCCAAAUUCAGUUCAAUAUACUAAGCCUUUACUCUCCACUCAGGAAGUGGAGAAUAAUGUUCAAAAAGUACCUCUAUCUGUUAAAUAUCCUACUACCCAUACCUUUGAAGAUCAAAGCGAAAGCACAGCUUUCAAUGGGCUACCACCAGCUAAGGCCCCAAGCUGCACAAAACCAAUAUCUGACAUGAAAGGAGGAACAACAUCAACCUCUGAAUUUCUGUCAACAAGAGCUCUUUCAGAGCAGCCAAAAACUCCAAUGUAUUUCCUUGCUCAGAGAAAGUCACCCAGUUAUGAAGUCUCAAGAGCAAGUCAUUUUUCAUAUUCAACCUCUUCAGCAUCAUUUGUCAAUAAAGAAUCCAGUUUUGAAAUAUACACAUCCGGCACUAACAAAACAAAUGAAAAUGAACCUGGAAAUCCUUUAUCAUCAACAUCAAUAGAAUGCACAUCUGAAUAUUCAACAUAUACAGCAAGAAAGAAAGUUAAUAACAUGUAUGAUAAUAUGGGUUCAGUUCAUUCUAAUUCCUUGGAAAGACCUUAUAAUGGAACAUUAACUACAAAAAAUUCUGUAAAUGGGGUUUCACCUUUUACAGUGUCUUUCAACACAACUUCCAAGACUCAUAUCCCAAUAAUACCUAAACUGCAAACUAAACUUGGAGAUCAAACACCAGUAAACACUGCUAAUAAUAAUGCAAAUAAUUUUACAACUCAUACUACAUAUCAAGAUGGCCAGAAUGGAACUGACCCAUGUAAUACUAUUACUGAUAUAUGUGGAUUUGAAAAUGCGAAUACUCUUAUUCACACAUAUAAUCCUACAAUACCUUCCUUGGGAAAUAAAAAGUCACCAGCACAUGAGACCCCAAAACCCAAGUCCAAAUCAAAAUAUUAUGGUUUAAGUCCAGCUGACUAUGUUGCUUAUGGUGGAAUUCGAAGCAGUUCCCCCACUUACAGCAUUUCUAAACCUAUGGCAUCUGAGGUGCCCAAAUUGUGUGACACACCAUGUUCUCAGAGCCCUGCUUGUGAGAUCCCACAAGUGCCCUCACCUGCAACACUGAACUCUACUGUGUCAUCCAAUGAAAAGCAAACAAAAUCAGUAACAACUCCAAAUGAAGAUCCCACUGAAUCUCCAAAUCCAACAGGGACACUUCCCAUGCCCCACAGCCAAACAAGUGUUGUGGUCGAAUCUACCUCUUCUGAAGCUGUAAAAAGAAUGUUAUCCAAAUCUCAGAAGGGAUUGACACAGGAUGCAGGACUACCUGAAGGACAAAGUCUCGAGGAAGGAAAAAAUGCAAAAAUACCAUUUUAUAGAGCACAAAAUGUUGAGAUGGUUACUUCAGAGGCUAUGGAAUACAGGCCAGUAGGUACAAACAAACACCAGACAAACACAUCAGGUUUUGAAAUUCCAAAACAUAAAACUUCUUCUGAAAUACAAAAACAGUGCAAUUUUGUUAUGGAAAGACAACUAGCUAACGUACCAAUUUCAGAAACACAAAUAGCUAAUAAAGCCAAACAUUUAAUACAGACACUUAGCAACAAAAUGCAAACACUUAAGGCAGGUGGAAACAGUAUGGCAGCUAAGAUUUCUAAAGUGAAAGUCUUUACUCAAGGUUUAGAUGAAGCUGGGAUGGAAUCAAAUCAAACUCAAACUGAGCCAAGCAUUGUACAACACACAGAAAACUCCAAGGAGUCUCAUAGGCCUGAAGUAUCCCUUGUAAUUUCUUCAAGUGUCAAAGAAUCUGUGCCCAGUGCUCAAAUUAAUGCUUGUCUCUCUCAGGAUCCUGCAAAUUCAAUGACCUCCUUGAGCUUGGGUCAACCUUCAAGUCAACCAAUAAUUGGACAUGGAGAAGCCAGUAAAUCUGUGAGCACUGGAGCAGUUCAUAAUCAAGAAACCUCACAAGAGACAGCAGGACCUGAGGCAUCAAACAGACAAUCGACUGCACAGAAGAAAGAGUCAAGCACCUCCGCUUCCAAACAAGAAACUCAAACAAUAGAGCCCCAAAAACCAAAGGGUCUGAAAUCGAAACUCAGUGGUUGGACACGUCUUAAGAAGCAUAUGAUAGUGGAACCAGAAGAGCCCAAAUUUCCUGAGCCACUUGAGGAGUCCAAAGUACAAGCACCGAACAGCAAACCAGAGAAGUCUCAAGAAAUGUCCACAGAAGUCUGCGAGCAUUCUGGGACUCAGGGAAGUGGCCCCAGGGCCCUAAAAAUGUGGGAUGCCAUCCUUUUCCAAAUGUUCUCUACCAAAGAGAACAUCAUGAAACAUAUCAAUGAGAAAAAAAGCAAGACAGAGAAAAAAGACGCGGCAAAUGACAACCAAAAACCAUCCUUAUCAUUUGCGCAUCGCCUUCCACUCCUCUUAUACAGUCCACGGUUUGAUGCCAGAAAGCUGAAGGAAGCUGCUUCAAGGCCAUUAACAAAAAUUGCCACGGUGUUUGAGAGGGGACUUUUGAAUCGUAAAACUCAAGAGGAAGAACCAAAGGACUUCAAUAGAGUUGCAAAAGGGUUUGCACAUUUAAAAACCACAGACAUCUGAUUUUUAUCACAAUUACAUUUAUAUUUUUAAAAUAAACCAGAAUGAUGAAGCAAGAAAUAUUUCAUAAAAAUGUUUUGUCCUUCAUAUUUUAAAUCUGAAUUGCAAUUUGCCUUACAAAAAGUUUUAACACUCAAAACCACAAAAAAGGGACAUUUCUUUGUUAUAGCUACAAAAUUCUUUGUUAUGGCUACAAAUGAAGGUAUUUUCUAAUUGAUUGAUCAUAACCUUAUGGUAUCGAAGGGAAGUUAUUGGAAAAUCAACUUCUGGCAUUACACGAAGAAAAUUACCCUGGUACAUGAGAUCAUCUUGGUUAAAUGUUGGAUGGGGUCAAGAAAAAAUAUAUAUAUGUGUGUUUGUGUGUAUAUAUAUAAUUUUUUUAUGUACACACUGAAAUGUUUAUUGUGUUUUAAGAUGGACCAGAAUAGAAAGAAUAUAUCAAGACAAAAACUUAUAAAAGUAAAAACUUAGAAGUAUAGCAUUGUGUUAAAUUCCAGGAGUCAUUUUCCUUUUCUUGUAUUAUACAAUUCAUACUAAAUUAAAAAAAUAAAUAGAUGGUGCUUAUGCAUAAUAAUGAUAUUCAUACUAUUAUAUAAAGUAAUAAAGGGAAUGUCUAUGUAUUCAUGCUUUAAUGUCAUGCAGUCACACAUAUGGAUGUGGGAAGACAGUGUCUUCAGUGAUGCUCCAGAACAUUUUAGACAGGACUCAUUCACCAGGCUCAUUAGCAUUCCAUGAAUGAGGAGAAGGAAGCAACAGUGAAAGGCCAAGGUGGGAUUUCAGUACGAGGUGUCAGAAAAAGGACAAAGGGGGUGGUGAGUGGGGCAGGAAGUGAGGGUCAAAGGAAGGUCUGAGGUUCAAUACUUUGUGAUGUGCUUGCUGGGUCUAGUGAAGUAUGAAUAAAGAAUGAUAUGGUGAAAACAUCAACAUGGUUGAUUAGUUGUUAAUUGCUGCUUAGUUACUUUUCUUCUAGAAUGUGAUAUCAAUAAUACAGGGUCUUUAUGGAAUGUCAGAAGUCCGUCACUCUGCAGAAGCCAAACUACAGAACACAGAUGCAGUCAGAUGUGAAAUUCAAGGCACUAGAAUGAUGCCAUGAAUUAACACUACUGUAGGUUUGCGUCCUGGCUGUCCUCAAAUGGGAAGCCCAGCCUGUAAGAAUGCUGUGCACUACAUUGUUUUGAAUGCAAAUAUCCCUGAGUGAGUGGAGAUGCUUGUUUCCAACAUUCUUCAGUGUUGAUAUAUGACACUAUCCAGAGAUUCUGCUUUAUCGAGUUUCUGUAUGCAUGUUUUUUGUAUAUUAAUUUUUGGAUGUUCUCUGUCUAUUGCAUUUUAAUUACUUGUUAGAAAAUAGUAUGGCCAUUUGGGAUAAUGCCAAAACAUUGCUAGUGAGAGGUGUAUGAACUUGAAGUCUCUGUCACGAGCUCAGCUGAUUUUUCUGUCACUUGCUGUAGAUAAUGUGAAAAUCUUCAUGUUGUUGUAUCAAGUUCAGAGUCUACAAAACCUUCCAAACAAAAAUUCUAUUGUUACUGCAGCAAAAGAUUCCUGACUUUGAUUGGUGCAAAAUCUUUAAAUAAAUUAAAUUGUAUAAAAUAACUUGACAGAUAAAUGUCUGUCAUCUGAAAAAUAUUUCUAUAAUAAAGAAGUAUCCUGUUC